AUGCACGCUCGUUUCAACAAGGGGUUCUGGGCAAUUGGAUCCAGGUGGCUACUCAGGGAUGAGACAAACGACCACACACGCGGGAAUGAAUACAUGACAUGGAAGUUUCUCAAAGAACAACCGGGUCUGAAUAUCCCUUUGGUGGAAGAGAUGAUACCCUUGAGUAAACCUCAAGAUCCCCUACAAUUCACACUCGUGUCUCGAGCCCAGGGGAAGAUGCUAAGUUCAGUCUGGGCCAAAUUAUCUCCUGAACAGAAAGCAGGCUACAGGGAUCAAAUGGUGACCAUUCUCAAACAAUUGCGACAAUUCACCGCCCCUUAUCCCCAAAAGGUCAAUGGCGACAAACUCCAUGAUGCUCUCAUCGCCGCCUGCCCGGGCUGUGAUCCUCCCAGCUGUUUCAAAGUGGGACGCACGGACGAGGAGUGGCUAGAGGACAUUUCGGAAACUGUCCGUGGCGGGCUUUCCUAUAUUUGGAGGACCAAAGACGAGAAAGUGAUUGAAGAGAAGCUUCAGAAGCUAGAAGACGACUUUCCAAGAGGAGGGCCGUAUGUGCUGACCCAUGGGGAUUUGGCCCUGUGUAAUAUCAUGGUCAAGGACGACAAGAUCAUUGCGAUUAUCGACUGGGAAAAGUCUGGGUACUUUCCUUGGUGGGCAGAGAAGUAUUUCUCUCGAAGCUGGACUUUGGAUGACCAGCGUGAACUUUUUGAAGGUGUUUGGGAGAGGGUUGCUCCAGAGUUGGCGGAUGGUCCUGCCUGGGAGGCCCUGGUUGAUCCAGUACAUAAGAUCAGAAGAGCCGUUCUCAACUGCAAAACUACCCACAAACCCCCUCUCCCUCCGCUUUAUCGUGGGCCUUUCUGCAAAUGCCGCCCUUGGGGCCAGCUACUCCGAUCCCGAGAUCGUGGAGCCGAGAAUGUGCAUGAGGUGGUGGAGUGGAGGAACAGCUGCACCCCAGGGUCGAGCUCCACCGGUGGCCUUGACCGCACUGAGACAGAAUAG